UUAAGGCAUUUUGAUUAUUCUAUGAUUUGAAAGUUAACAGCUGUAGGGUGACAUAUAUGAUAGUUGGCGUUUUUUAAACAAAUUCAAAUUCGUUCGGCGUUUCUUUUUUGGAAAACGUAAUAAAAAUGUCCCACUCGGAAGAAGUUUUACCGGAAAAGAUUGAAUUUAAAGCCAAGAAGCGCAAGAACUUGCGACAGCGAGUAAAAUUAGAAGAAAGCGACGACGAAGAGAUACAACAAGUGAACUCCAAACUGGAAGAAAUGAAAGAGCUGCAAAGUUUGCGAAAGAGACCUAAUGGAGUUAGCGUCAUUGGUCUAGCUCUGGGAACAAAAGUGUCGGCAGAAGAAGAAGUAGUAGCAAAAGAUCCGUUCAAAGUGCAAGCGGGUGGUAUGGUGAACAUGCAAGCCUUGAAGCAAGGCAAGGUGAAACAGGUGGACGAUGCGUACGACACGGGCAUUGGCACCCAAUUUUCCGUUGAGACUAAUAAACGGGACGAAGACGAGGAGAUGAUGAAGUUUAUCGAAGAAGAACUGUCGAAGCGGAAGGGCAAAAUUGACCCGCCCGUCGCUCACUCCUUUACUAAAAACAAGAGCACUUACCUGAGCCCCGAGGAGGCCGCGUUACAAGCGGUCCCGGAGCAUCUGCGCGAAUCCUCCACCAAACGAUCAGAGGAAAUGUUAUCCAAUCAAAUGCUGAGUGGCAUACCAGAAGUAGACCUAGGCAUUGAGGCGAAGAUAAAAAACAUAGAGGCGACUGAGGAGGCCAAGCUGCGACUGCUCUGGGAGAAACAGAACAAGAAAGAUGGCCCGUCACAGUUCGUCCCCACCAAUAUGGCCGUGAAUUUCGUGCAGCAUAACAGAUUUAACGUGGACCACUCCGAGAUCGCGAAAAAGAGGGCGAAAGUGGAUGCGGAGAAGCCGAAAAAGAAGACGGAAAAGGCAACCGACGAUUACCACUUUGAGAAGUUCAAAAAACAGUUCCGAAGGUAGUGGUGGGGAGGAGCUUAUUUUCGAAUCGGAAAUGACGUCACGCGUUUUGAGGAACGACCCGAUGAAAACGCCAUGGUCGGUAAAGACUUAGAGAAUUCACUGCAAAGGCUUUGGACGACGGGAGGCGGGUGGAUGUGCUAUAUACGGAAGUUUCAAAAGCCUUUGACCGAGUGGACCGCACUGUACUGCUCUAAACUGAGGAUGCUUGGAUUUUAUGAUGAUCUUGUGGCAUUUAUGACAGAAUACAGUAUGUGGAGCUCCACGGUCACUCAUCGUUUGGGUUCAAGGGUAGUAGCGGCGUUCUCCAGGGUAGCAAUUUAGCACAAUUGACAUUCUUGCUUUUCUUUAUUAGUAGCUAAUAUUGAUAGUCAAAUUUUGUUCUUUGCUGAUGAUGUGAAAUUGUUUAGAAUAACUGAUAGUGUAGUCGAGUGUGUGUGGAGAUUAUUGGUUCUUGGUGUGCUUCUACCCCUGAAUACAGAUAAAUGUUUUCGAAAUGACAUUUUCAAACAAAACUGCCACUAUAACUUUUAAUUACUACCUGGAUCAUCUAUUAUUAAGAAAAUGUGACAAUUUUAGAGUCCUGGGUGCUGGGUGUAACGUUUGUAACGCUUGCGCAAGUGCACUCAAAAUGCUGGGAUUCAUGGUGAGAACUUUUAAAGAUUUUGCAAGGGAACAUACUACAGUUAUGUGCGCUCGAAACUACAGUACGGUUCAAUGGUUUGGCAACCAAUAUUUGGCAAGUACAUCACUCAAAUUGAAAAUGUACAGAGAAAGUUUCUGACAUUUCUUCACUUUCAUAUCAAUGGUUUCUACCCGGCUAGGGGACUGCUACAGAGUGACUUAUUACUAAUAUUUAAGGUUCCCUCACUAUUGAAUCAUAGGAGGUACCUUUCAUUUCAGUUUUUAUAUAAACUUUGUAAUUCAUUAGUGCAUUGCCCUGAGUCGUUAAGCCAGCUGAACAUUCAUAUUCCUUGAAGGACUAUAAGGGAGCUCACAGUUUACAACAUAAAUUAAACAUAAAUUUGAAAUACUAUAAUGGAUUGAAUGUUUCACUAUUCCUUUGAUGGAGUGAAUAUAGUUGACUACUUACUAUAGUUAUACUUAUAAUUCUCAAGAUGAAAUUGUCUUCUAAAUGGAUGUUAAUCUGUUAGAAAAUAAAGGUUAUUAUUAUUACUAAUUUUAAUUUUAGCUAACCACUCAAAGUUACGUUUCAAAGUGCUUAAAAUCAGGUCGCUUCAGUUUUAGGAGGAGACAAACAUAACAUUAUCCAACAAAUUUUUCCGGCCAAAUAAAAUUAAGUU